AACAAUAAUUUAGAAACCAGUUGAAAAAACGUCACUUCCUGUCUACCAAAUUGUUUGAAAAUGGCGAAACUGCAUAGGGAAAAGACAAACGAAGAUCUAUCGACUUUAAGCAGGUCAGGAACUCCAGUAAACAGUUUGCCAAAGUUACCUCCUAUUAUUACCAGUGAGAUUGAUAGAACUUUCCUGUUAGAUUUGAAUGAUUACAUUAGAUAUGAGACUGAUAAACUGUCAUCUGGUGAUGAUGAUCAAAGAUAUACCAUAUACAAGUCAGUUUUCAACAGGAUUAUUGAACAUGUUUCUGCAUACAAACCAUUACUAACAGCUAUAAAGAAAGAAUAUGAAGAUACUAUAGAAGCCAUUAAGAAAGGUCAAAGAGAGGCUGAUUUUCUACAUGGCAAACUGAAGGCAAUGGCAUCUGAGCCUUCAACCAUCAGGAAUUAUAGAAAAAGAGCUGAUGAAUUAGACGAAAGAAUUUUAGUGAUCCAGAAAGACAAUGAGAGAUUACAGAAAGAACUGAAUGAACUUCAACAGAAACGUAAAGAAAGAGAAGAAUUAGAUAGAGAAGUUACUGAACCACCAAAGCGAGAACUAAAAAAAGACAGUCGUAUGAUUCCAGGGUUAACAUUAGAAGAAUCAACAGAUCUAACCCUUCUAUACAGAAAUUAUGAAAAGCUUGACAGGCAAUUGAAAGAACUUAAUAUAAGUUUUAGAACGAGAUAUGUCCCUAAAUCUCACAAACUGGAAUUAAAAGAAAGAUUGGAUAAUAAAGUGAAUGAACGAGAUGACCUUUUAAGGCAAGGACAGAUAUAUCGGUACAAAAGGUCAAAGUUGAAAAUAGCUGUGGAAGCAGCCCAGGCUUACAACAGAGUGAAGCCACCUCACCAGACUGUUGGAGAUGCUGUUAUCUUUGCAUUAGCUCAGGCUAGAGGUCUACAGAAACAGGAGAAAGAAUUAUCCCCAGGCGAAGGACAACAACAACGGGAUGGUUCACCAUCAGCUCCACAAACACUUACCACAACAUCGUUUGAUGAUGAUGAUCCAAGUAAGGAAAAAGAGGCUGAGAUGAUGUUAGAAUACAUAGAGAAAUUUAACGAAUUGUUUGAGGAUGGGAUGUACGAAGAUGCUGCUAUCCAUGCAGCUAACAGUCCAAAAGGGAUACUUAGGACAUCUGCCACAUUGGCAAAAUUCAGGGAUGUAAAAGUCCAUGGAAAUGUCAGAAGUCCACUUCUUGCUUUCUGUGAUGCCGUUAUGGCAUCUGUGAGUGCUGUAGGAAGUAAGCCAAACCAUAAAUUGUCAGAUGAAUGUGUAGAAUGUGUGUUAAAUGAAAACAGAUUAGAUCUAUUAGCUCAUUGGAUAGCACAAGAUAGGUUAUCACUGAAUCAUCAGAUUGGUGAUAGAAUUGUUGACCAUUGUAAUUGUCAGGUUCCAUGUAAGUGUAGUUGUCAAGCCUUAGCUCAGAACGUCUACAGUAAACUACACCUAUACAGACAGGCUGUAAUCUGUAUGCUAAAACAGGGACGUGUCCAUACUGGAAUGGAAUACGCCAAACACAAAUAUCCAUUGUCAAAACAAGAAUAUUUAGAACUGCUGAGAACAUGUCCAUCGUUACCAUUAAUGCAUUCUUUAGUUGAAGAGGAUGGUGAAGGAACACGGAUUUUGCCACUUGGUGUAGUGAUUUUGGUGCUCUUAGAAAAUAGUCAUUUUGACCUUGUCAUAAGAUUCAUGCAGGACUUACAGAAUACUCCAUCUGCAGAUGAUCAGAACAGUAGUUUAUUUCAUUCAGCCAUGAUGGAUGAUGUGGAUACAACAGCAGAACAAUGGGACAGUCUUGUCAAACUUCUGCAGGACCAGGGCUAUGAGGAGACAUCAGUUAAACUCUUGUCAUCAAUACAUGUACUGUCUGCAGUUAAAACUGUGUUAUAUGAUAGUCUUAAAGUGGAAUCACCUGAGAAUGAGCCUGCAUCAUAGUGGAUAAUUUUAUGAUCAACAUAUUUUGAUCUAUAAUUAUUUGAAUUUCCGUAAAUCUGAAAGUUAUAUAAAAAGAUGGAAUUAGUUUAGUGUGUAAUUAAAGUGAAUGUAAACAAACUACAAAAAAAAUAACAAUUAAAAAAAAAAUUAAAAUCAAAGGUACAAAGUCCUUUUAUUCUCUUUCAUUGUAGGAGGUAAUUUAUGCUACACUUUCAAAAGUAAAUUACUGUGAUAUCAUGUUUUCUUGUAUUCCUUUCUAUGUUUUUUUUUGUUUUUGAGCCUUCACUUUGUGUUUAUUAUGCAUUAACAAUAUUUAAAAUUUUCUUGGGACUGUAACAUCAGUCUGUUGUAAGUUUGAUAUAAACCAAAUAAGUAUUCUGGCUACCAUGGUAAAACAUACAAUGGUCUGUAGCUUCAAAGGCUGAACAAAUUGAAACUUUUAUAAUGAAUCCAUGUAUGACUCUUUCUUGAGGACAAUAAAUUGACAAACCAACAUGGUUACAAUCAAUUUUAAUAAAUGGGAAAUAUAAAGAUUUUUUUUAAGAACUGGCAGAGUAGUUCAAUAAUAAUGAUCAGGUUCAAUUUAUAAGGAGUUUUAGGAUGGAAGAAAGUUUUCCUGUUAAAUUAAUAACUAAAUUGCUGCAAGCUAAGUAUUAUGGGCUCUAGUGGGAGACAUAAAUCUACAGUUUUGUAGUACUCUGUUUGAUGAUGGAAGAUUUUCCCUAAUGGUAAGUUUAUAUUGAGACAUACAUGCUUAAAUGAGUUGAAAACAAACAGAGAUAUAAUUUGUAACGUCUUGUGUAUAUAUAUGCACUAAAUGCUAAUGGUGUGAGGAUUAUUCUGUUCUGUUGUGGUACAUGUUAUUUGAGAUUGUAAUAAUCUUGUCUGUGAUUAAAACUUGAAAAAAUGUGACGAAUGCAAAUGUAAUACAGUGAAGUAUGAAUGGGCUUGAUUAGGGUGACUAAAAUAUUGUUGAAGAAAUUAGAAAUAAAGUGUUCAAAAAAUUAAA